ACCAAAAUUCCACAGAACACUGUAAUCAGUGUUACAUUCUGUGAUCAUAAGAAAUAUUUUGAAAAUCGGAAAAUGUUCACAGCAGAACUGAUCGAUUUCAAAAUAGUUUACAAUGUCCUAAAAGGUGUAAAUAUGCAUGAGUAUGCAAUUCUUAAACCAAUGGAAGAGGGUCUCAAAUUAACUUUGGAAGAAAUGAAAUGUACCGAAACCUCAGUUUAUUUUCCAUGCAACAUGUUCUCAACCUAUGAAUUAGAUUCGAAUGAUGACAUAUCAUUUAAAAUUAAUUUGAAAGUUUUCACCGAAUGCUUGAAUAUAUUUGGUGACGAUGGAAAUCCAAGUUUAAAACUAAGUUAUAGAAAUUUGGGAGCACCACUUUCUCUAGUAAUGAAGCAUUUGGAAGAGAAUAUAAUUGUUGAUUGCGAGAUCAAGACGUUUUCUACAGACGACUUUCAGAACAUCUCAUUGGCUGAAGAAUGCAACUUGAAUAAAAUGGUAGUGAAUGCCAAUAUUUUCCAAGAAUUGUUAUAUAGGCUAGAUAAUUCAGCAGAUGAAGUCAAUAUUAAAUUAUCGCCCGAUCCUCCCUAUUUUACUCUCACGGCCACAGGGAGAGCUGGAGAAUCGAUAGUCACCAUUUCGAAGAAUUCUGAAGAAGUUUCUUUGUAUCAGUGCCAGAAAGAGACGCAAGCUCAGUAUCUCUUCACCAAUCUCAAGCAACUCCUGAAAGUAUUGGGUUAUUCAAGUAAAAUCUCCAUAUCGAUGGGGGAGACGGGUCUAUUGGGAAUACAGCUCGUUAUAAAUUCUGAUGAAAAACAGAUGUAUGUUGAAUAUUACGUCACAUCACUUGUUACUGAUUAAAAACACUUUCGCC